AGCGUCUAGCUAGCUAUUAGCUAGCACAACCAUCACAGCAUAUAAACUAGUAUUAAGAUGCAGGAAAAAUAAAAUACAGAAUAAUAAAGACCCAUUUUGAGCCGAGUCCGCCAGGUGGGUUCUGUUUGCUGAGCACAUAAGCUAAGCUGGAGUUGAUCCGGGAGUAGCUUGCUAACAACAAACGUUAGCAUGCACUGGAGGUGGAUGCUGCACUGAAACUGACAGCAGGAGAACUGACAACACACCACAUUGUGAGGCUGAGGCAACAGUGUCACCAUGUAUUCAAGCCCCAACAUAAAGCCCAGCUGCAACAGCAGCAGCAUCACUGAGCUUCUGGGUGCCCUGUGUGAAUGUAGCCUCUCUGGGGUGUCAUGGAAGCGUCGUGCCCUGGGAGGAGUCUCCAGAGAGACUUUCCGCAGAGCUCUAAAGAAGCGUGCCUAUGGUGCCCUGCUGUCCAAGCUAUUUCAAGAUGGCACCAAAGCGUCCGCCUCAGGGCCAAGUGCCAUGGCUAAUACACCACCCAGAAACAAAGUCCUGAUGAUAUGUUUUGACUUGCGGGUGGCAGGGUGCCGAGAGGAAGCAGAGAGGCUGGAAGAGCAGCUGGAGAGGUUGACAGAGGGAGCAUCUUCUGGUCUGAAGGAGGUAGACUCAGUCCUGGAGCUCCUGUUGCAUCUAGCUGGCUCUGCACCUCCACCCCCGACCUCUUUCAGCAGGGACUACAUGAGACGAGAGAGGCCUGUGCUGCGCCGGCCUCAGCCCUGGAGCUACCAGAGCGAGGAGCUGCAGAGGCUAGAGGCGCGGGCAUGGGGACUAGUGUGCGGGGAGGAAUGGGGGACUUUGGAGAGUUUGUGUGGAACUCAGAGAUUGAUGGAUGGCCCACCGGGCACAGGGCUGCUCACUCUAAAGACUAAAAUGGAUGUGGAAGAAAGAUUUGAGAAGGAGACCAGGCUGACACUGUUUGGAGCACUGCAGCACACUCGUACCUCAGACAUAGACAUAAGACUGGACCUGCCUCCUGUUCCUAGUAAUAUUGAUGUAACUGGGCUCGCUAUCAGAGUCCCUCACUGUUUAGAUCAGUCUGAGGAUGAGGGCUUCCAGUCAUCGUCCAAUCUGACCCCAGACUCUCAGUCAGAGCCCAGCCCCAGUCCAGAGCUUGAUUUAUGGGAGGCCCUCCGGACGUUUGAGCCUGGAAAGCGGCGCUGCUGGGAAUCUGUUGGCUGCCCACCAGGGAAAAGGGAGUCUCUCUAUCUAACAGAAGGAGGCAGGGAGGCAUUUGACAAGCUUUAUCAACUAUGGGAGGGGGAGAUUAGGGUGGUCAGCACGAGUACGCCCUCUCCUGUCCUCCCACUGCCCCUAGACUCUCAGUCACAACUAGUAUCUGACCUCCUCAACAUGUUGAUCGGAGUGGCAUCCACGACCUUCCCUCUCAACCAGAGUGUUCAGUUUGAUGUCAGACCUGGUGUGUGCGUGUCAGGAGCCUCUGCAGAGAGUGUGUCUCGUCUCUUGGGAGAGCUGGCCCAAUAUGGCACCUACUACUUGAGGCUUAGUCGCUUUUCUUUACAGAAUACUGACAAGAAGGGCCUGGUCUUCCAGGCUUUUACAGGUGGUCUGAGGAAGUACCUGCAUUACUACAGAGCUUGUGUUCUCAGCACGCCACACACCCUCAGCCUUCUGACUAUCGGCUUCCUCCUCCGCAAAGUGGGCCGGCAGCUCAGGUACCUGUCAGAACUCUGCUGUGUAGAUGGGCCUCUGGGUGCCGGCCAGGCUACCUUCCCUGUGGGUGUUAAAUUGCUGUCCUACCUGUACAAUGAAGCACAGAAUAACUGCAGCAACGAGAACUAUCCGGUCCUGCUGUCGCUGCUGAAGAGCAGCUGUGAACCCUAUACACGGUUUGUGUCUGACUGGGUGUAUAGCGGUGUUUUUCGGGAUGUUUAUGGAGAAUUCAUGAUACAAGUAAAUGAAGAUUACCUCAGCUUCAGAGACAAACACUUCUGGGUUCAAGGCUACACUCUUCACACAAAAGAUGUGGAGGAUUGUGUGCCCAUCUUCCUGAGACACAUCGCCAAUGACGUGUAUGUCUGCGGAAAGACCAUCAACCUCCUCAAAAUCUGCUACCCACAGCACUACAUCUGCUGGUCGGAGCUGCCUAUGCCUCGCAUUGCUGUCACCUUCUCUCUGCAGGAGUUGGAGGAGAUUGAGAGGGACUGUGCAGUGUACCGUGGACGUAUGGAGAGGAUUGCUAAGCACAGCGCCAUCAGCAGGGAGGAGCAAGCCCUGAGAACAGAGCAGGCACGCCAGGAGCUGAUCAAUCAGGUCAGAGAGUCAGCAGCCAAAACCCUGGAGAGCAUCCGCGGGCGCCAGGUGUCACAACGUCUGGCUGAGGAGGCCAAGAAGAGGGAGCGUUUUGAGGAGCUGAAACAGCACCUGGAGCAGGAGCAAGAGUGGCGAAGUGCAGCCAAGAAGGAGCAGCAGGAGGAUGACUUCAGCUUUGCCAGAGAGCUGAGGGACAGAGAGAAGAGACUACAAGCCCUGGAAGAGCAACUGGAGCAGAGAGCCAGGAAGGAGCUGAUCGAUCAGUACAGCCAUCUGUCAGAGGAAGCAGCUCGCAGAGAGAGACGGGCCAUGUGGAGGGUGCAGCGAAUGAGACUGGAUGAUGCUCGUGCUCAGUUCUUCAAACAUGACAUGCAGCAGAUGCAGGCAAUAUUAGAGAAAUAUCCCUUUGGCCAGAAGAGACCUCCCAUUGACAUAUUGCCAACACAACAGGCUACACCACAAUCAACACUGGAAACUCUCACUCAGGGGUCGUCUGAACAGCAGCCAGCGGAGACUCAAGAAUGUGAAGCUGCAUCACCACAACAUGACCCGUCUUCCCCUACCCUCAACCCCCUUGCUGUAGACCCCGCAUUCAUUUCUGAAGACAUUGACAUCAAUGACUUCCUCGCCAAGUCACCGAAUCCUGACGGUCAGCAGGUGGACGCAGCCCUACAGGAGAUUGGCUCUGACCUACCUGAGGCCUGUCUGUCAACACAGCUUGUAGAAUAUGACUUCAGUGCCCCCUUUAGUCCACUUGAAGGUAUCACUGGACAAGCCUCAGUUCAGCCCAGACCACGCUGGGGACCUGCAGUUCAGCCUGACUUGAUCCAAAACCAUCCGUCUUUUUCUCACAUCCCCAUUGGAGAGAAUAUGUCUCAAAUCCAGGAGAGUUUCCCAAAAGCCAGCCUCUUUGGUCAAGCCUCCAAAUCCAGCUUUCCUCUAGGCCAGUACACCCCAGAGGAACCCCAAAAUACAUUGAAAGCAAGUGUUAAUGGACAGCCCUCUCAAGCCUCAGUUCAACUAGUAGACAGGAGUGGCUCGAUGACAGACAACAAGCAAGAAAAAGUACCUGUUGUAGAACAGGAGACUGAAACAGGGAUUUUGGAAAGUAAAGUAGAGGCAAAUAUGGAUGAUAAUACAAAAGAACAUGGUGUGGUUGAUACUGUUCCUUCUACUACACCAGAGCAAGGCGACAAGGGUAAUGGUGCUCACAAAGUAAUGACAGAUCUUUCUGACGGUGGUGGGAUUGAAACACUAAUGGUAAACACUCAAGACCACAACUUGGAUGCUCAAGAUAAAGUUGAGAUCGUUUCUUCAUCCAGCGUCCAUGGACAUUCUUUUGAUGCUCACAUUAAUGUUGGACAGUAUAUAUCAGAGGUAUCUGCACCACUACCAACCUCUAACAUCCAUGGUCACGCGUCAGAUUCACACAUCAAGAUUGGAGAAUAUGUUUCGGAAGUUGAUGCUCCUCUACCUUCCACCAGUGUUCACGGUCACUCGUCUAAUUCCCACAUUAAAAUUGGUGAACAUGUUUCAGAUAUUGUUGCCUUUCUACCCUCCCCUAGCAUUCAUGGUCACACAUCAGAUGCCCACAUCAAAGUUGGGGAAAAUGUUUCAGAAGUUGUUGUACCACUUCCUGCUCCAAGUAUCCACGGUCACUCCUCUGAUGCUAAUAUAAAAGUGGGCGAGUUUGUGUCCAACGUACCUGAAGCAAGACCUCGUUGGAAUAAGCAUGGGCAUACCUCAGAUUGCAUCCUUCAACCAGGGUGUGUGGUGUCAGGAACUGAACCAGCUUUGUCCUCUUUACCUGGAAGCUCUUACGGUCAUUCCUCAGACUCUAAGUUAGGUGUUGGAUGUGUGGUUUCAGGACAGGAAACAAAGCAUCCUCCUCUUCCCGGCAGUGCCCAUGGCCAUACCUCGGACUCAAGUUUAGGUGUUGGAUGUGUAGUGUCCAAAACCGAUCCACUUCCAUCACCGCUACCAGGCAGCAUCUACGGCCACUCUUCUGAUUCAACACUGGGGGGCGGAUGUGUGGUGUUGGGGAUGGGGAUGGAGCCACAACAAACUGCGCUGCCAGGCAGCGGUUACGGCCACUCAUCAGAUUCUUCACUUGGAGUUGGAUGUGUGGUGAAGGGGAAAAGCAAAGGAGAUCAACAUAAAACAGAGGACAGUGAAGCAAGUAAAGGUCCCAAGUCCGAGAGCCCUGGUGAGCAGCUGGUUGAGGCCACAGGGUCCUGGGCAGCUGGCUUUGGUUUGUCCCCUGGAGAAAAGUCCGAGCAGGAGUAUCUAUAUGCUUUGUCUUGCCAGUACCAGGUGGAACACUAUGAAGACUGCUACAACCUUAUGGCUUCGUCUCCAGAGUGUCAGCUUCUGAAGCAGGUAACUCGUGGCCCCUGGGGCCUUCCUAUGGACCCCACACUGCGCAGACCCACAGACACCACUGCUGUCCAGCUCAGCGAGAUGGUUUCACUGCCAGUUCUGAUAAAAAACUCUGUCACUACGCCGCUCAUCACACAUGUAUCCUUGGUGAAUAAGGCAGUGGUGGACUACUUCUUUGUGGAGCUAAGGGUGGAAAGACACUUUGAGGCGCUGCGCCACUUCCUGCUGAUGGAGGAUGGCGAGUUCGCACAGUCCCUCAGCGAUCUACUGUUUGAAAAGCUGGGCAGUGGCCAGACUCCCGGUGAGCUGCUGACCCCUCUGGUCCUGAACUCCAUCCUCAGUAAAGCCCUGCAGUACAGUUUACAUGGGGACACCCCCUUGGCUGGCAACUUCACCUUCGCCCUGCGCUUCCUGCCAGAGACUUUCCACCCUCACGCGCCCGAUUCUCUCAACUGUCUGGAGCUACGCUACAAGGUGGACUGGCCGUUGAACAUCAUCAUCACAGACAGCUGCAUGAACAAGUACAACCGUCUGUUCUCGUUCCUGUUGCAGCUCAAACACAUGGUGUGGAGCCUCCGUGAUGUCUGGUUCCACCUCAAGAGAACAGCGCUGGUGAAAGGUGCAGGUCGCUCGGUGCAGUUCCAUCAGCUGCAGCUUUACCGGCACGAGAUGCAACACUUUGUCAAGGUAAUACAGGGAUACAUCGCCAAUCAGAUCCUGCAAGUGUCCUGGAGUGAGUUCACAGCCAAGCUUGCUACCGCCAGCGACCUGGACGCCAUCCACCGAACACACGCAGACUACCUCAACAGAGCCAUCUUCAGGGGUUUGCUGACAGAGAAAGCGGCUCCGGUCAUGAACAUCAUCCACAGCAUCUUCAGCCUGAUCCUGAAGUUUCGUGCCCAGCUGAUCGCACAGCCCUGGGACAGCCAUCAGGGGGAGGCAGUGCACCCCAGCUUCAUUGCCAUGCAGCAGUCGUACAACACCUUCAAGUAUUACUCUCACUUCCUUUUCAAAGUGGUGACCAAGCUGGUGAACAGAGGCUACCAGCCUCAUUUAGAGGAUUUCCUCCUUCGCAUCAACUUCAACAACUACUACAAAGACUCCUGAGCUGCUGUGUUGUAGUGUACGUGAGCUAAGUGUCACGAUUUCGGAUCCCAUGAACCAUAGUAUAUCACCUUUAUGUGUUUACAAGGCAGGAGGCAGAUGGUCAGACAUGCAUAAUAAUAAACCAGUCUACAUGUCAAUGUCCAAAAUACAUUUAAACUCCACCUGUGCUUUAUUUUAGGGGAUGUCAAUCAUCUUGCAUCAAUGUGCAGGAUAUAAACUACAUCUGUGUUCUUAGUUCUCUGCCUCUAAAAUUGUAUGCUGCCAAAGUUUGUGAUUGAGAUGAAGCCAAUGCCUCAAGUUAUGUCUCCCAUGCUCAGGUGUGCCUCCAACCAUGUAGAUUUUAAGCGCUAGCCCAUGGGCUGCAUAAAAAUGAAGUGUUAAAUAUCUGUAAAUAUGAGAGGAAGAUGCUUUGCUUAA